AUGCGUGCCUCUGCCACGCUUCUCCUGUGCCUUCUUGCCGUGGCCGGUGUCUUCGCAGCGCCCAAUAAGUCCGCCUUGCGUUCGUUUUUUGAACUCAUCGACGAAGAUGGAAACGGGAUGGUCACCGCCGCUGAAAUAGCCGCCCACUGGAUGAGGGUCGAGGGCGACGAGCUGCUCCCGCACGCGCAGGCCCGACUCUCGAGCGGACUCCACAAGCUGGUCGUAUCGAAGCACGACGCGGACGACAGCGGCGCCAUGGAGUGGGAGGAGUGGCAGCAGGCCUACGGCCGCCUCGACAAGGCCGAGGGCCUGUCCGGCCUCCACAAGCGCGACUCGAUCACCUCCGUGCAACCCCAACAAGUGCGCUUGGCCACGACGACCAAGCCCGCCACGGAGAUGGUCAUCAUGUGGAUCACCAGCACCCUUUCGACGAACCCCGUCGCCGAAUUCGGUCUGGCCAACUCGACGCUCCGUCAGCAAGUGUCGGGCACCUGGACCACCUACAACGCAGGCGUCCUCGGAUGGUCGGGCCACAUUCACACUGUCACCCUCCGCAACCUUCAGCCCGCCCAGACCUAUAACUACCGCGUGGGCGACCCCACCCACAACGCCUGGAGCCCCAUUCACAGGUUCUCCACCAUGGACCCCCACCAGACCGAAGUCAGGAUUGCCACCUUCGGUGACAUGGGAACUGUGAUGCCGAUGGGAUUCGAGGUCACCAAGCAGAUGAUCAAGGACGACGCCGAUAUCAACUUCCAGCUGAUCGUUCACGCUGGCGACAUUGCCUAUGGUGGCGUCUCCCACGAGUGGGAGUUCGAGUACAUUUGGGAUCUGUGGGGCGAGCAAGUGUCUCCUCUGGGAGAUCACAUUCCCUACAUGGUCGCUGUCGGCAACCACGAGAAGUACUACAACUUCACGUCCUACAAGGCGCGCUUCAACAUGCCUGGCCACCAGAGCGGAGGCAUCGAUAACUUCUACCACAGCUUCGACUACGGUGGCAUCCACUUUGUGAGCAUCUGCACUGAAGUCUACGCCUACCCCUACGAGCGGGGCUCUGCCCAGUACGCCUGGCUCGAGAGGGAUCUGGCCGCUGCCAACGCCAACAGGAAGAACUCGCCCUUCAUCAUCGUCGUCGGCCACCGUCCGAUGUACUCGUCGGACAAGUCUUCCGACAGCGGUCCGCUCAAGCGCGAGCUGGAGCCCCUUCUCAACAAGUACGGUGUCGACCUCGCCAUCUGGGGCCACAUGCACUCCUAUGAACGCACCUGGCCCGUCUUCAACAACACGCCGUCGGUGACGACCGGUAACGUGUUCAGGAACGUCAACGGCACCAUUCACCUCACCAUCGGCACUGCCGGAGCGUUCAGCGACGAGGCCUGGGUCGAGCCGUCGCCCGUGUGGUCGGCCAAGCACAUCGGAACCUUCGAGGACGUUGCCUACGGCUACGGUUACCUCCACAAGCUGGACAACAACAGGAUGCGCUUCCAGUACAGGAAGUGGGAUACCGGCAAGGUGUGGGACGAGAUCUGGAUUGAGCGGACCACGCACUGA